CGCGACGGACAGCAGCUGCGGGACUGAACGAGCGGUGGUCGCAGUAACAGCAGCAGCUACGGCAAAGGCCAGCAUGCAGAUGUCAGUGGCGGUGGUGCCGAUCCCGGUGACCGAGGACGAUCUACCCGAGGACGAGGAGGGCGGAACGAGCGGGCGCUCCCACUAGCUGGUGCUCGUUACGGAGGGCGGGCACGGCUGCUGCUGCUGUUACUGCCGUCGCCUGCGGCCGUCCUUCUACAACACCGAAACCAAGUUGACCGCGGGGGAAGGAGAUAAUGGCCGGGGAACAGUGGAGCGGCUGGCUGCAGCGCUGUCGCGAGUCACGAAGCCUCGUCCUCGUGAUCGUCGCCAUAGCUCUGCUGCUCGACAACAUGCUCCUGACAACUGUUGUUCCCAUAAUCCCGGAGUUCAUCUACGACAUGAGACAUCCGAACGCCACCUUGAGCCAGCACCUCGACGAGGCCGUUCAUCACGGGCCAACGACGACUACCCCACCGACGACACCCGGAUGCUCCUGCGCCCCGAACAACUCCAACAACUCGCCCCUUGAGUUCAUCCUGUCCACACCCCCCACCGACAUCGUCCUUCAGUUGCUGAUGCUACAGCCAUCUGUCACCUACACGGAAGCCGAACCUCCGACCCUGAAGUCACUGGUUACCGAUCCUUACAUCAUCCUCGCUGCAGGUGCAAUAACAUUCGCCAACAUGGGAAUCGCGAUGCUGGAGCCGAGUCUGCCGAUCUGGAUGAUGGACACGAUGAGCGCGAGCAGGUGGAAACAGGGCGCAACGUUUUUACCAGCUAGCAUAAGCUAUCUCAUUGGCACGAAUCUUUUCGGGCCCUUGGGACACAAGAUGGGAAGAUGGCUGGCCGCCCUCAUCGGUCUCAUCGUCAUCGGCAUCUGUUUGAUGUGUAUACCCCUGGCGAAGAGCAUCGACGAUCUGAUAAUACCAAACGCCGGUCUGGGCUUCGCCAUAGGCAUGGUGGACAGUUCUAUGAUGCCCGAGCUCGGUUACCUCGUCGACAUAAGGCACUCGGCGGUUUACGGCAGCGUCUACGCGAUCGGCGACGUUGCUUUUUGCCUUGGCUUUGCCAUCGGACCGGCGUUGAGUGGGACUCUGGUUAACACCAUAGGUUUCGAGUGGAUGCUCUUUGGAAUAGCUAUUUUGAAUUUCAUUUACGCGCCGUUCAUGUACUUUUUGAAGGCCCCGCCGACAAAGGAGGAGAAAAAGUCGUUGAUCGUAGGGGACAAGUCGUCGGUUCGUUACGUGAGCUACGAGAACGAAGAGGAUGAGCACGAGUAAAUCUGUUUGUUUGCAUCGGUACGUCUGCCAGUACAUAUUUGAACGAGUCUUGUUUUUACAUUUCUUUUUUUUUUUUUUUUUUUUUUUGUCAUUUAUGCAUAUUUUAUACAUACCCAACUACUAUCCGUACUCCUUGCGAGUGGGCGCACUUUUGGGCAUCUUCGUUGCAAUAUCCAUACAGAUCCUCAUUGGAAAUUCUUACAGAUUUUGGUGCAAGUGUAUUAUAUGUAUAUGUUAUAAUAGAUUAACGUCCUGGCAGACAAUGUCUGGUUACGAAUACUAUCGAGGGAUCGGCUGUGUGGGUCAUGUGUACGCUCAUCUCGUAACUUUGUUUUGUUGAAAGAGAAAGUUUUACCGAACGUUGAUUAUGAGAUGAUACUCUUACAGAUUUUUAAUUAGUUGUAAGUAUCCGAUAAACUGAUGCCAAAAAAAUAAUACUUAUUGCCAGCUCAUUUUCAACAAACAUUAAGUAUAUUUAACUAUUUUUUUUCGAAUCUAUAAGUAAGUAUAUAAAUGUUUUUUUUUUUUUUUUUUUUUUUUUUUGUUUUUGUUUAUUCCUUUCCAUCUCGAAGUAGCAACUGUGGAUAACAAUGUAUGUUUGAUUUUUUGGAAUCUCCAUUAAACACCCUUGGAGUAUUAAAACUAUUUUACUCGUUUUACAAACUCGGUGUUACCUGUACGCUUACGUUAUUGAUGAAACUUACUUACGAUGAAUAUAAUUAUAGUAAAUAAACAAGUUUUGCUCUAAAGCAGCGUUGUGUGGGAGUAAAGUAAAUUCAUGAAUAAUAGGAGAAAAAAAAAAAACAUUUAGGAGAGAUCGCGAACUGUAGGAAAUUUGUUUUGGUCUUACAAAAGUACCAUUGACCAUGUAGAAUACACUCAACUAAAUAUGUGUUAUUGUAUAUACACAUAAGAUGUACACAUUGUUCGAAAUUAUAUACCUGGCAUAUCGCAAUGCAAAAUGUCCGCUUAUGUGGAGGCCAAACUGAUGAUGAACACGACUCGCUUAAAUCACGUAUUUUGUAGUUUUUCAAGUAGGUACCUCGUUGUAGGUGCUUUGCUUGAAAAAUGUACAAAAAUCGAGGUUUCAGCGAUUAAAGUAUUAAACUGCGAGUAUCAAGUCAAGAAAAUCAAGUUCUGAAAAAAGGCACCAUUAUUGGUACUACCUCUACCAAUACAAAAAGAAAAAAAAAAUCACAGAAAAACCGUGCUAUAGAGACAACUAAAAAAAAAAAAAAAAAAAAUUGAUGGUUCAUCAGAGCUGUUAAAAAAGCUAUCCCGAUUUCUGACAAAUUUUCAGGAGAGUCGCAUUUUUCAUUUUUAACUUCGAAAUUCGUUUAUUGGAGAACCGCCCGGUUUGAGUUCCUUGAAUGGCUGCAGGGAAAACGAGCGUUAAAGCGACCGGGAAGGCAUGAAGGUGUUCUCGCUCAUCGGAUCUGAUUGCGUUACUUAAAAUUUGAACAAAUGUAUGCAUUAAUGGCGACUCCUCCACUUUUCAACCGAUCAAGACCUUAAAAAAAUAAAAUAAAACAAAUUAAAUAGUCUGAAACAUCCGUACGCAUGAGUUUCGAAAUUGGGUGUUGUUAAAACGUAUAUAUGUACUCGUUCGAAUAAUAAUCGAUUAAAAAAUAAUAAUUCAUGUGUAUUGAAAAUUAUAUUUCGAUGAGGGUGCGGUCGGAUGUUUCCGAUAUGGACUUGGAAUAAAAGAUAUAAAACAGAUAUUUAUUUAUCUCGGAGCGUAUGACGAAUCAACAAUGAUCCUGAGAAACUUAAAAUAGAGGAUUUGCAGCGGGAAACUCUAGGGCUGGACUUUUGGGAAAAAGAAAGUAAAAAAAAAUUAUAAAAAUGUCUCUCGCGCUAAAUUCGUAGAAGCAAUACUCGAGUUGUAGAAAAUUAAAGUAGAAGCAAAAUACUCAAUAUAAUUACAAGAAAGUUUGAUGCGUGUUUAAAAAAUAUAUAAAAAAAUCAAAAAAAAAUUACAUGUGUCGUUGUUUAUCUGUAGUUGAAGAAAAAAAAAAAAAAAAUUCUGUCGUGUAUUUAUUCUGACAAAGUGUUAGGUAUAGGAAUGUGUCUCGACGUGAAAGUUUGCAAUAAUUUUUUUCGCGUUUCGUUCAUUCAGAUCCUGAGCUACUGUGACAGUCGUAUAACGUGUGCUUUACUUCGUAUUAUACAUGUAUAUGUAUGUAUGUAUACUUACUCAAAAAAACUAGAUUAUAAGAGCAACUAUCGUAGUACUUUGCUUACCAUUAAUUUUACCGUUCAGUACUGCAACGAGAGACAAAAAAAAAAAAAAAAAUUAA